UGGUGGCAGCAGUGACAGUGGUAGUAGUGGCGGCGGCAACUCUGGUGGGGAUCGUAACGGCGGCGGUGGUAGUGGAGGUGGUUGUGCCGGUGGUGGUGGCGAAGUCGCGGAGAAGGAGGAGAGGCCACCGGCUUCAGAGACUGUCGAGCCGACGGCCGCGUUUGACGUCGCAUCCCUCGUACUCUACGGCUCGCGCGCACUGCCGAUACGCCUUAAGAUCUUGCUCGAUCAGUUGUUCAACCAGUUGCCCGCCGCGCAAGUGACACGUAUCCUAGCUGCCUUCGGCUGGACCCACGAGGAUUACACGCGAGGAUACAUACUGCAGGACUCGCAGAACGGCCCGGUGCUGGACCGAUGGAGUAUCUGCUCGGCUGAGGAGGAGCCGCUGGUUCUACAGCAGUUCCUCAGAUUCGCCGAGACGCGUCCGUUUGUGCAGCAGUUGCUGCUGGCCGCCGGAACGCCAGGUGCGGAUGCUAUGUCACCCAGCAGACGACCUUCGCCACCGACGAUGCCACUAGCACACUUGCCGCCCCCGUUGCACAUGCUCCACUGCGGCCUGCCACCGCCGGGCUCGCGGUUGCCGCACCCGUUGCCACCGCCGCCUCCACCGCUGCCGCCGUCGUCGGUCUCGCAUCCCUCGAUGUCGCCGACGGCGCAGAAACACCACUAUUCCUCGGCCGGCAAUCCCAUCGUCACCAGCAGGGCGAACUCGCCGCCGCGUUCCUUGGACUCGCAUCUGACGGUGUCGCCGUUGAAUCGGUUGCAGAGCAUGCAGCCGUUCGACUUUCGGAAACUAGGCACUCUCGGCCUGCCGGCGUUCCCGCCGUUGCCGCCGCCGCCGUCCGCGGAGCAGCUUUUGCAAAAUCGCAAAUCUAUGAGGAAUCCGCAGAGCCCGCACAGUCCACCCCAUCACUCCACGGCGUCGCAGUUGCAGAGGCCGCACAUGCCGGUCGCGCCGGUCUCCUCGUCGGCGCUGACUUUCGGCCACCCGCUCUCGGUUGCAGUUUCUUCCGGAGCGCUACCACCGAGUUUCCCCACGCAUUUCCCGCCGCCACCGAUGGGCAAAUCGCCCGGCGGUAUCGGCGGACUGACGAUACCCGCUGACGUUCACAGCGGCGGUGAGAAGAGCAGCGAAUUCGGCUCGGAAGAGGACGAGGACGACGAUGAGAAUUCCGACAGCGCGUUGAACCUCAGCAGACGGGACUCGGCUUUGUCGAAGCAUGCGAUUUCCGCCGAACACCGUCACCCAUCGUUAUCGCUGCAGACCGCGCCGCUGGGCAGGCCGCCAGGUAUACCCGGUCGGAAACCGCACUCACCGGGCAAGCGGCCGGGCAGCCAAUGGGGCGGCGCCGCAAACAUGCCGCCUAAUCUCGGCACGCCCUUCAUUAAUCCUACCACCGGCAAGAAACGCGUGCAGUGCAACGUCUGUCUGAAAACCUUUUGCGACAAGGGCGCUCUGAAAAUCCACUUCAGCGCCGUGCAUCUGCGCGAGAUGCACCAGUGCACUGUGAAGGGCUGCAGCAUGAUGUUUAGCUCGCGCAGGUCGCGCAACCGGCACAGCGCCAAUCCGAAUCCGAAGCUGCACUCGCCGCAUCUACGCCGCAAGAUCUCGCCGCACGACGGCCGCUCGUCCAUGGCGCACGCUUUGGUGCUGCCGCCGCAAGUCGGACUGCCGGUACCAGCCACUGGACUGAAUCACCUGCCUUUCGGCUCCUUCCCGUUGCUCACUCCGCCGCCGGAUCUCCGCUCGCCGGCCUCGUUGUGCGCGUUGGACUUCAAGCAUCUCGAUCUGUCGUCGCAGGGUCAAGGCAGACCGUACGACGAGGCGUUGCAACAGAGAAUGUCGGUGAGCGCGAAUCUGUCAACGACCACCGCCUCGACGACAAUGCCGAUGGCGAUGUCGACCGCGGCGGUCAACACGAUUACGACGACGGCGCGAAACUCGUAUCCCGGCAGCGCGCCCAUCAGCGCGGUUUCGCCGUCUACCCAAGCGUCGUCCAUGAUACCGGAAGGCGAAGAGGACGACGACGACGACGGCGGUAUCGUCGUGGUCGCCGAAGACGAGACCAGCAAUCUGCCAUCGAGAUUGCAACCGCUGCGCGCCGACGACGACGAGCAGCCGGCCGAUUUCAGUCUGGCGAAGCGGCCGAAGCUCUACUUCGGCGACACGGCCGACGAGGAUCUCGCUAGCAAUCCCGACAGCAACGAGGACAACGAUUCGAUAAGCACGAUCGAUCAGCAACCUUUCUCCGUCAGCCAGCACUCGCUCAACUCGAGUUCCUUCCACAGCCGCGGCGUGCGCAAAAGAAAGUCGCAGCAUCCUACGCGAUGCGCCGUGCCGGCGGAAGUUCACUCUUCAUCCACCGACGGCGAUUCCUCCAAUGACGAAGAGCAGCAGCGGAUUCAACGGCGAUGCCUGUCGGACGGCGGCGUGGUCACGUCGACGCCGAUGACGGAGUUUCAAAACCAACCGGAGGACAUGUCGAUGUCCAGGCUGGAGGCGGAAGAGCGAAAGAUCUUACCCGGCUCGCCGAGAAAUCUCCGAGGUGGUUUCCACGAUCGCGAAUCGAACUCGCGCUCACCGGACGCCGGCAACAGAGAGCGCGAGACUGCUGGCAAUCGACGUGACAACCCCUCCUCCCAGGACAACGCGGAGGAUCUACCUCAGGACGAGCCGCGGGACUUGAGUUCGAGGGCGAGCAGCGUCAAAUCGCCGAAACGACAGAUCACUCCGGAACCAAAGACCGAUGGCGCGCCGUCGUCGAGCACGGCGCCGAGCGGGGCGGCGGCGACGGCGGCAGCGACGGCGACGACGACGACGACGGCGACGACGACGACGACGACGACAACGGCGAAGAAUCCCGACGCGACGUCCGCGGAGCGGAAGGAUCGACGGCCGAGCGCGGAGAGCGACGAGACGACGGCGAGGGUGAAAGACGAGACGGUCACGAAACGCGAACUUGCCGAGACGGCGCGGGAGGAAGGGAAGACAACGAACGACGGAGCGGAGAACCGCGAGGACGAGGAGGACGACGAUGAUGAGCCCAUGGAGGAGGUCGAGGAGGAUGAUGAUGAUGAGGAAGACGCGGACGACGCGCUGCGCAAUCAAGAAGGUGAGCGUCCCGAUGAUCCCCCCCGUGCCCCGAGCUCGGUCGACAGCCGUCCGACGACAGCCGACGACCUCUCCCACGACUCCUCGACCAACACUUUGCGUCAACUCGAGUCCUUGUCGCAGGGUCGAUGCGCGAUGCCGUACGCCGAGACGCAGCGGGUGGCUUCGAGGUCUGGCCGCGGCUCUACCAGCCCUAUCAGCCUCACGACCCACCAGGAGACCACCAUGGACAACUCCUCACGUGGCUCUCGUUCAUCCAGCGCCUCACCCUCCACAGCGGCCAUGGAUAUGGACAAUAGCCUGAUCACGUACGCGCGCUACGAGAACGGCGGCUUCGUCAGCACCCAGGAGGUGCCGCUCGACCGUGAGAAUCCGCGCCGCUGCACCGCCUGCGGCAAGGUCUUUCAAAACCACUUUGGCGUCAAGACUCACUACCAGAACGUCCAUCUCAAGCUGAUGCAUCGCUGCAGCGUGGACGGCUGCAACGCGGCUUUCCCCUCGAAGCGGUCGCGCGACCGCCACUCGGCGAAUCUCAAUCUGCACCGGAAGCUGCUGUCGACGUCGUCGAGCCCGCCACUCUCGUCCAGCCUGCCGCCGAGCCUGUCGCCGCGCGUCGACGAUCCGCAGAUGAAUCCGCUGCUGCACAACGAGUUCCUGGCGCGGCUCUACGCGGACGCCGGCAUAGGCGCGCUAGGCGCGUAUCCUUUGGCGCCCGGACUGCCGUCCGCGGUCGACCUGGCCGCCAGGAUACCGCCGCCGCAUCCGCUGUUACUGCCGCCGCAUCUCGGUGCCACCUUCCCGGGUCUCUCCUCGUUCGCGUCCCAUCUGGCCGGUCUCAACGGCCUCACUCAUCAACACUUGAAUCAUCUGACGAGACUGACGCAGGAGCAAGGUAACAGACACGCGUCUGCCUCGGGCUCGCCAAUGUCCUCGCCGGGCUCGGACGAUCGCAAAGAGGAGGCCAGAUGCACCGUGCCCGGCUGCGAGCGCGUCUUCGGAUCCAGAGCUGUGCGGGACGCGCACUCCAGAGACCCGCAGGCCCACCGCGACCUGCCGAUUUUGUCCACCAGCGGCGGUGGCUCGUGACCGAUCUCGUUCUGCGGUCGCGGACAUGACUAUUAUCCUCUACUGUGAUGCCAAAAUCCUAACGGCGAUUCGACUCGACCAAUCGAUCGCCGAUGAUCUCGCUUCUACCUGGGGGUCGGCAGACGGGGUGCGGUUCCUCCACAGAGUCCGCUCCGUAAUCCUAUUCGUACGUUCGACGGACGUGCGGAAAAACGUGCAAUAUCGAGCAGGAGUGCGCGCGGAAUGAUCGACCAUCACGUGACUGACUCCGUACGAGAAGUGGUUGCCCGAGAUCGCCGAACGCCUGCCCACGGAGUCGCAAACCAGUUUCAAUGCGGUAAUAUUUGCCUGCCAGUUCUUUCCAUUUCUCCGAUUUUAUUCGUCAGGAUGCAACACGCGAUUUGUUGGGCUAAUCUAGUCAAUUGGGAAAUCUUGAUUCGCGCGUUGUCGGAAGCGAAGGGUCGAAAUCGCGCGCUAAAUCGUUGCCAGAAAUUAAAAA